AUGGAUUCCCUUUCGAAUCAGUUACCACCGGAAACAGACCUUUGCAAAAUACCGACUAGUGUUCCUCCUCCUGGACAAUCUUUUGACCCCGACAACACAGAUCUGAGGUCUUUGACAAUCUGUCUUGGUGUUAUCCUAACGACUAUCGCGGUGGUAUUUGGCCUUGGUAGGCUUUACGCCAACUUCCGAAAGUUGACAGCGGGUGAUUUCUUCGUAUUUGUUGCCAUUAUAUCCAAUACUUCCACCGUGGUUUUGAUGAUUAUCUAUGCCAAAUACUUCCGGCAUAUAUGGGAUAUACCUUUAUGCUGGAUCAAUGAUAACUUCGGAAAGAUAGCAUAUGCCUGGGAAAUGACCGCGACAUUCAGCACUUUUCCUGGCAGGGCGGCUACUUUGCUACUGUUCUACCAGCUCUUUACCAUAUCUCGCUCGAUAGGUAUAGCUAUAUGGAUCGGCAUGGCUAUUAGUCUUAUAAUUACAGUUUGGAGCAUAUGUAUCCUGUCUUACGGUUACGCUAACGAGAAGACUCGGGAUCACCCUGACGACGCUGACGGUAUCAUAACCAUGUGGAUCCUACGGUGGUCACUUCUCGGGGGUACACUGGAUAUCUUGAUCGACAUUUAUAUUUUCAUCUUACCACUACCUAUUAUCUUUAAGCUAAACCUUUCUAAGAAGAAAAAGUUGCAGGUCUCGGCUAUAUUUUUCAUAGCGUUACUGGGUAUUGCUGUCAGCAUCUUAACGCUUGCAUAUAGAAUCAAGGCGGUGCAGAGCAACAACUUCGAUAGCACAUAUAAUACUGGAGUUGUGAUGAUAUGCAGUCUCGUCCAGAUGAAUGUGACUCUCAUAAUCUGCUCUACCCCGGCAUUCGUGGGCUUCAUACGUCUCCAUGUCUUAGAGUCACAGGCCUUCAAGGCUUUCCAGUCCAUUCUAAGAGCCGGGAGCAGUGUGCCCAGCCGAUCCACCCUGUUUAAGUCCUGGCAGAGCCCUAAUCGACCUCGUACCGGACGUGAUGAAUCACAAAAUAAAAAAGGGAAAAGUCUAAGGAAUACGGCCGAGUCCGCCGAGGUAAGCGAUACAUGCUUGCUUAACAGCGGGGCUACGAUAGAUAUCGAUGGGCAGAGAAAUACUCUCGUGGUUGGUGGCGAAAAUAAGGAGAAUGACAUCCACUUAAAGGUGCUUGGCACAGAAGAUAUUGAGCAUAGCUCAGGCUGCUCAGCCUCACUUCCGCCUUAA